CCGGACCGCGCGCGACACGUGCCCAACCGCCACCUCCCUCGCGCGGGAGACCGGGACCGCACGAGACUCCGGGCCAAUCGCCCCCACGCGCGACUGCAGCCAACCGCGGUCACAUUCGCGGCCGCCUUGGAAGUCGGAAAUGGCGGUGUAAAUAAACCGCGGGGAUGAAGCCUAACGUGUGCAGGAUUAUAAAACGAAUGCCCCAAUGAAUAACUCUGCUCCACCGACAACGGCUGCGGUGGAUGACGCGGAUGCCUCCACCCAGCCCGAGGUGUAUGCGAGCGUCCUGUGGCACAGCGGACAGCUUGGGCUCGCUUACUACAACGCAAAUGACUGUACCGUUUACAUCAUGUCCGAUACCCCCGACUCACAGGAUCUCAAGUUGCUGAAGAAAGUAUUGGAAGAAAUCCAGCCCCGGUGCAUCUUAACAAGUGCGAAGCAAGACCACAUUAUGGCGGACUUCCUCCAAGCAAUGGGGACGGCCAACAACGGAGAGGAUGGGAAGCCAGAAAUAGCUCUCUUCCCCAACGUGGACUUUGGGCUCAAUAUCAGCAAGCAGCGGGUGCUGUCUGCCAACUUGCCCUUUGUCCCCUCUCAUCUGACCGAAGCAGAGAAGAUCGUGUACCUGGCGGCAAUCAUCCCAUUCGAGUGCACCACCAUGUUGCGAGCACUCGGGGGGCUUCUGAAGUUUAUAGAGAGGAGGAGGAUUGGAGUGGAAUUAGAAGAUCCCAGCGUGAGCGUCCCCAUCCUGGCAAUCAAGAAAUUUGUCCUUAAUGACAUCGUUCACAUUGACCAGGACGCUUACUGCGUGUUGCAGAUUUUUAAGUCAGAGGUGCACCCAUCUGUGUACAAACUGGCGUCAGGGGUGAAAGAAGGACUCAGCUUGUUCGGAGUUAUGAAUCGCUGCAGAUCCCAAUGGGGGACAAAGCUGAUGAGGCUGUGGUUCAUGCGUCCUACGAUAAACCCGGAGGAGCUGAACAAGAGGCUGGAUGCCAUCCAGUUUUUCAUGCUGGCAAGAAACACUGAGAUAGUGCAGACGCUUCAGGACUGCUUGAAACACAUCAGAAAUGUCCCAUCAAUUCUGAAAAGGAUGACACUAUCGUACACCAAAGUGAGUGACUGGCAAGCCCUUUAUAAGACAGUGUACAACGCUGUGUGCAUUGGGGACACUUGCACAUCCCUGCCCAGAUCUGUAGAGCUCUUUGCAAAGAUCUCUCACACUUUCACAGAUGAUCUUCAUUAUAUUGCCAGUCUCAUAACAAAAGUGGUGGAUUUUGAAGGUAGUAAUACGGAGAACAGAUUCACUGUUCGGCCAAACGUGGACCCAGCUAUAGAUGAGAAAAAACGAAAACUGAUGGGUCUGUCAGAUUUCUUAACUGAAGUAGCAAGGAAUGAACUAACCCUACUAGACAGCAGGAUUCCUUCAUGCUGUGUUAUCUACAUCCCUCUGAUAGGAUUUCUUCUCACUAUUCCACGCCUUCCAAGCAUGGUAGACAAGGAUGAUUUUGAAAUAGAGGGACUGGAUUUCAUGUUUCUAUCCGAGGGUAGGCUUCAUUAUAGAAGUGCCAGAACCAAAGAGCUUGAUACAAUGUUGGGAGACUUGCAUUGUGAAAUCCGGGACCUUGAGACAGCUGUCAUGUACCAGCUGCAGGUAAAGGUUUUGGAGAAGUCUGCAGUUCUUUUCGAUGUGAUGGAAUAUACAGCUCAUUUGGAUUGCUUAAUUGCCAUGGCUGUUGUGGCCCGAGAAAAUACCUAUAUAAGGCCAAGGUUAACCAGCAAGAAUAUAAUCAAUAUUAAAGAUGGAAGACAUCCUCUCAUGGAAAUGUGCACAAGGACAUUUGUUUCAAACCCUAUCAGUACUGGUGGAGAACAUGGAAAGAUAAGUAUCCUCACUGGUCCAAAUUCCAGUGGCAAAAGUGUAUAUCUCAAGGAGGUUGGCCUAAUAGUAUUCAUGGCACUAAUAGGUAGUUAUGUACCUGCCACAGAUGCAGAAAUUGGAUUAAUAGAUGGUAUUUACACGAGGAUCCAAAGUCGUGAAUCAGUGUCUGUGGGGCUCUCCACAUUUAUCAUAGACUUAAAUCAGGUGGCUGCUGCAGUUAACAGUGCUACAGAGAGAUCUCUAGUACUAAUUGAUGAGUUUGGAAAAGGAACCAACAGUGUUGAUGGCUUAUCACUUCUUGCAGCUGUUUUAAGGCAUUGGGUGCAGCAAGAUGUGAAGUGCCCGCAUAUCUUUGUAUCUACCAAUUUUCAUAGUUUAGUUCAGCUACAACUACUCCCUACUAUUAACCUAAUACGUUACCUAAUGCUGGAGACCAUACAGGAUGGGGAGGAGCUGGUGUUUUUCUACCAGCUAAAGGACGGUGUUUCUACCGACAGCUACGCUGCCAAUAUAGCUACACUGGCUGGGAUGCCACCAGAGGUGGUGAAGCGAGGGACACAGAUAUCUGAACUGUAUCGCAGUGGACAACCCAUUUGUCGUCUUGACUGUCCUACAAAAGCAAACCAGUUGGAAACAUACAAAGCAUUGGCAGAUACGUUCCUUCAAUUGGACCUCAGUGAUCCUAAUGUGAAUCUACAGGAAUUUUUGAACAAGAGUGUUCUGGCAUAUACAGCGUCAGAGGUUUGAUAUGGCAUUUUGCUGAGCUGCUUCAGGCCAUGACCUAAAACAUAUUGAACACACUGUUACUAUUCAAGAAUUUUAUCUCCGUUCCCAACGAUUUUUAAUGGAUAAAAUAAAAAUCUAGGAUUUGCAAUUGAUCAAGCUUUGAGGUUAGUGUAUUAAAAUUGCACUGAGAGCAAUUGGUUUGGUUUGACCAAUCUGGUAAAUUUGUCGAUCGUAACAUUAAAACAUUUGGCGAUGCUGCAGUUAUCUCCACGUGAGUUGGGAUGGAAAAAUUGGUAAUUUUUAAUUAUAGAUAUGUCUUAAUUAUUGAUUUGGAUUUGACAAUGCAAUAGUUUAAAAAUGCCUGGUUUAGGUGAAUGUUUAAACAUAUGUGAAUUUACUGUGGUAAUGUUUUGAAACUAAGUGGAACUCUUUCCUAAAUUCUCACUUACAAGAAGAAUGCUCAAAAAUGGAGUGCAGUAAAAUGAGUUUAAGUGCACCAGAGAAAAGAGAAUUGUGAUCAUUAAAAGAAAUCCAGAAAAUAGCUCUGAUGAAUUCUAAAGGUGUGCCGGUGAUGAAACGUAUUUGCAGGAACCAGAAUCCAAUAAGUUUAAAUAAACCUUUUUAAGCAAGGAGUUGGUGGUGUUUCCUCUGCUCUGGAUCACAACAGCUACAGGACUGGAAGAACUCAAGUUAUGAGUUUUAGAGUUUGAACAUCAGCUAACAUUUCACAUUUAUCAUGAUGUAGGAGGUCAUUUGGCCCAUCAAACUAAUGCUGACUCUAAGAGCAACAUGAUCAAUCCCAUUCCACCAUUUUACUUCCCUGUAAACUAUUAUCUCUCACAUGCUCAUUGACUCAAAAAAUGGGAGGCACUGUGGAGCUAACUGCACCAGAGACCUGGGUUGAAUCUUGGCCUCGGAUACUUCUGUACAUUCUCCCUGUGACCAUGUGGGUUUCCUCUGGGUACUCCGUUUUAUUCCCCCAUUCCAGUCGUGUGGGUUUGUAGGUUAAUUAUGCUCUGUAAUUUGCUUCUAGUGUGUUUAGUGUCUAGUCCAUGAGAAAAUAGGACAAUAUAGAACUAAUGUGAAUGGUUGAUCAGUCAUUUACCUGGACUCGGUGGGCUGAAGGGCCUCUAAAAAUGUACACAGUAGCAGAGAGAACAUGUAAACUCCACACAGACCAUAAGCUAGGAUCAGGCUCCGAUCACUGGAGGUCUGAGACAACGGCAUUUGAGUGAAUGUGAUACUGCAAUGCCAGUAUGAUCUAUGAUGCACACUUCUUACCUCUUGCCUGUUGGGAGAGGGGAGAAGAGGAAUGUCCAGUGUAAGAUUCAUCCUUGAUUGUGCUACUGGUCUUGCCGAGGCAGCUGGAAGUGUAGAUGGAUUUAAUGAAAGGGAGGGAGGUUGGUUUGCGUGAUGGUCUGGGUUGCAUCCACAGUUUUCUGCUAUUUCUUGUUGCCUUGGAUAGAGCUUACCCAAACCAUGUUGUGAUGCAUCCCCUUAAAAUUAUUUCAAUGGCGCACCUGUGGAAGUUGGUGAGAAUGUUCAGACGUAAUGCUAGCAUUUAUUUCAAGAGGACCAGAACACAAAAACAGGGAUGUAGUGCUGAGGCUCUACAAGGUGCUGGUCAGGCCGCAUUUGGAGUAUUGUGAGUAAUUUUGGGCACCAUAUCUGAGGAAGGAUUUGCUGGCUCUGGAGAGGGUCCAGAGGAGGUUUACAAGAAUGAUCCCAGGAAUGAGUGGGUUAACAUAUGAUAAGCGUUUGACGGCACUAGGACUGUACUUGCUGGAGUUUAGAAGAAUGAGGGGGACCUCAUUGAAACUUACUGAAUAGUGAAAAGCUUGGAUAGAGUGGACGUGGAGAGGAUGUUUCCACUAGUGGGAGAGUCCAGGACUAGAGGUCAUAGCCUCAGAAUUAAAGGAUGUUCCUUUAGGAAGGAGAUCAGGAGGAAUUUCUUUGGUCAGAGGGUGGUGAAUAUGUGGAUUUAUUUGCCACAGAAGGCUGUGGAGGGCAAUUCAAUGGAUAUUUUCAAGGCAGAGACAGAUAGAUUCUUGAUUAGUAUGGGUGUCAGGGGUUGUGGGGAGAAGGCAGAAGAAUGAGGUUAGGAGAGAGAUAGAUCAGCCAUGAUUGAAUGGUGAAAUAGACUUGAUGGGUCGAAUGGCCUAAUUCUGCUCCUAUCACAUGACGUUAUGACAUGCCGAACUUCCUAAGUGUUCUAUGGAGUAUAGCUGUUGAUGUGUGUUCUUGGCCAUUGCUUUAAUAUGGCUGGCCCAGGACUAGUUGCUGAUGAUAUUUACUCCUCAGAACUUGAAGCUUUCAACUAGCUCUACUUUAGAAUAGAUCCCUCUAUGAGGUGUGAUCAGCAGGCCAGGGGUGUAUACCAGGCCAUAUGUACUGCUUCGCUUCCGAUCACAAUCUCCUUUGUCUUGCUGAUAUUGAGGGAAACAGUGUUGUCUUGUCACCAGGAAAUGAGGUCUCAGUCUCCUUCCUGGCUUCCAUCUCAUCAUUACACUGAUUUUCUGUGAACUGGUGGUCCAGCCUCCCCUAUAAUAUAACCAUAUAAUAUAACCAUAUAACAAUUACAGCACGGAAACAGGCCAUCUCGGCCCUUCUAGUCCGUGCCGAACACGUAUUCUCCCCUAGUCCCAUCUACCUGCACUCAGACCAUAACCCUUCAUUCCUUUCCCGUCCAUAUAACUAUCCAAUUUAUUUUUAAAUGAUAAAAUCGAACCUGCCUCCACCACCUUCACUGGAAGCUCAUUCCACACAGCUACCACUCUCUGAGUAAAGAAGUUCCCCCUCAUGUUACCCCUAAGCUUCUGUCCCUUCAUUCUCGUCAUGUCCUCUUGUUUGAAUCUUCCCUACUCUCAGUGGGAAAAG